GGUUCGAAUCCCCAUGACGGGGUGAGCUCCCGUUGCUCGGUCCCUGCUCCUGCCAACCUAGCAGUUUGAAAGCAAGUCAAAGUGCAAGUAGAUAAAUAGGUACCGCUCCGGCGGGAAGGUAAACGGCGUUUCCGUGCGCUGCUCUGGUUCGCCAGAAGCGGCUUAGUCAUGCUGGCCACAUGACCCGGAAGCUGUACACUGGCUCCCUUGGCCAAUAAAGCGAGAUGAGCGCCGCAACCCCAGAGUCGGUCACGACUGGAGCUAAUGGUCAGGGGUCCCUUUACCUUUAACAUAGCAUUGGCCUGGCAGUUUAAAAGAACUAGAAAAAGAAAUGCAAAAAUGUAUUCAUAUCUACCAUCUCCCACAAGUGUAAUCUACCAAGUGCAACGUAUGAACCCAACAGAAUGACUUGGUGUGAUACAGGAAAUUGCGUCUUCCUGUCACAUGGGCUUGCCACUAGCAUCUCCACAGAUAAGCGAGCAAAAACCCACAGCUAGGAUGAAGACGCUGUACUUCCGUUUGGUUCUCUAAUGCACAGGAGAGCUGUAUCGCCAGAACUGUACUUCAGGUUGACUGGAUUUGGUGUGGUGCUGUAGUAGUGAUACGUGAUAAGAAGCUAAAAGGACAAGGGGGAUCUCAAGCGAUGGAUGGCACCCCGGUCCUGAGGCACAGACUUGCCCAGCACGAUGCUCUCUCUGAUUCCAGCACAGAAGACUCCUUGGAGGAGCUGGAUGGCCAGGAGUUGCUGCUCAGGGACUUGCCCUGCUCCAUGAAGGAGAAGCGCCUCCUCAGGCAGCUGAGAGCAUCCACAGGGAGAGAUGUGUCCUACUGGGUGGUCUGGAGACAGAGACAAUCCAGGGCCCAGAAUCAGUUUCAGGAAGGAAUCUGGAACCUUGUCAGGAUCUUCCAACUCUGGAAGCCUCCCCUGGAUGAGAUUGGAGGGAACUUUGGUCCUGGCAUCCAGUCCUACUUUACCUUCCUGAGGUUCCUGCUCUUCAUCAACUUCCUGGCUGUGUUGCUGGCCACAGGCUUCAUACUGUUGCCUGUUAUCAUUUCUCAAAAUACGACGAUAUUUCCUACAGGUCUGAGUGCAGAUCCUGAAUGCAUAAAGUACAGCAGUAACGUCAGUUAUCGAUCUGCCUGGCAACGAUUCCAAGAUAUCUUCACCGGGGAGGGCUCUCUGGAGUAUUCGUAUCUGUUUUAUGGUGCUUAUCAUGUGACACAGGAUAGCAAGAACCACUACAAUGUACACUUAGCAUAUCUGCUUAGCAUCCUGGGAUACUUCUUUGCCUGCCUCAUUUGGAUCCUCCGGCGGAUUGUAGCCAGCAUGGCCCGGUGGCAGAUGCUGCGGUGGGAAUUCAAACCAUGUGUCAGUGCCAGGAUCUUCACAGAGUGGGAUUUCUGCAUCCAAAGCCCAGAGGCAGCCACCCUCAAACAGAGGAAUAUUUACAAUCACCUAAAGAUAGACCUAGCGGAGCAGAUCCGGCAUCUGCAGAACCAACAGCGCACACGGAAGCAGCUUGCUAAGCUCUACCUGCUACGCCUGCUGAUCAAUGGUGUCAUCUUGCUGCUGACAGGGGCUGCUUUCUACUGUAUCUACGCAGCCACUGAGUUUUCCCAGGGGCACAGUCAAAAAAAUGCUGCCAGCCUUGAUGUACUGAGCCAGUACCUGCCACCAGUGGCCAUCUCCAUUGUGAAUGUCAUCCUGCCUUUACUUUUUCAUGUCUUGACCCAGUUGGAAGGCUACUCUCCUAAUACUGAAGUCAACCUCACCCUAGUCAGGUGUGUAAUCCUGAAACUGUCCAGCCUGGGAAUGUUCAUGUUCUUCUUGGGGCGCAGAGUGCUAUGCAUAGGGAGCGGCGGUGCUCCUCAGUGCCACCAAUGCGGUUACAACAAACUCUAUCAGUGCUGGGAAACCCACAUUGGACAAGAGAUGUACAAGAUGACCCUCUUCAGUUUCUUGACCACCUUGGGAUCUGCUUUCCUUAUCAGCCUGCCCCGGAGACUGAUUGCUAAGCAUUCCUCCUGUGGACUGGCUCAGUGGCUUGGCAAAGAAGAGUUCCUGGUGCCUCACAAUGUACUGGAUAUUGUAGCAGCUCAAACAGUCAUUUGGACCGGGAUUUUCUUCUGCCCACUUCUGCCUUUGCUUGCCUGUGUCUUCGUCUUCUUCACAUUCUAUAUAAAAAAGUACACCUUGUUCCAGAACUGCCAGCCUUCAACUCAGCUGUUUCGAGCAUCCCAUUCUAAAUUCCUCUUCCAGAUCAUGCUACUCUUAGGCCUUUUCCAGGCCUACGUCCCUCUGGGCUAUGUCAUCAGUAGGGUCUCUCCAUCCCAAGCUUGUGGGCUCUUUACUAAUUAUUCAACUCCAUGGGAGGCAGUACCUAAGGCUUUGUCCCGUUUGCCCAUGUCAACACAACGUGCCUUGAGCUAUGCGACAUCCAAUGUCUUUUGUUUCUUACUUCUGAUGGUACUCAGCCUCAUCCUUACAGUGUACGUUUCUCAGGUGCAAGCAAACAGACACAUCAUUGAAAGGCUCAAGAGGCAACGUGUGCAGUGUGUCAAGGAGAAAUGGUGUUUAGUGAGGAAGCUGGCUCAGCGGCUGGUGAAACAACUGUGAGUUGGGUUGCAGGGGGGAAAGGCCUCCCAAAGGACGAAAACUUCUGGUGGCAGGGCAACAGGCAGGAAAAAAUGGUCUUCCUCCUGAGGAAAGCAAAGACCACAGAAUGGUCAAAGCAUACCUGGAUUAAAGAAGGAAGAGAAGCCCCCCCGAGUGUGAUUUGAACAUUAUAUGCUGGAAGACCUCGUUUUUCUGUGAACACAAGUUGGCUCAUAGAACUACCCUAUCAUACCCUUUAUCUUUUAGAUAGGUACAAUACCUACUUUUUCACUGUGCAUACAGGUCCCUGGGAUGUACGUUUGGUACCUAAUAUCAUAUCUUCCCUGUGAGUUGCUGUACCUUAUUUGGCCAACUUCAUGUUAGAACAAGUUCCUGCAGGCCUGAAAAUGUUUUGGGUAAAGAACAAGGUGUAUGGCAAGAAUAUAUACAGCCUUAUCAUGACAAGGUAAAGGUAAAGGUACCCCUGACCAUUAGGUCCAGUCGCAGACGACUCUGGGGUUGCAGUGCUCAUCUUGCUUUACUGGCCGAGGGAGGCGGCAUUUGUCCACAGACAGCUUCCGGGUCAUGUGGCCAGCAUGACUAAGCCACUUAUGGUGAACCAGAGCAGUGCACGGAAACGCUGUUUACCUUCCUGCCGGAGUGGUACCUAUUUAUCUACUUGUACAUGACGUGCUUUCGAACUGCUAGGUUGGCAGGAGCUGGGACCGAGCAACGGGAGCUCACCCCGUCAUGGGGAUUCGAACCGCCGACCUUCUGAUCGGCAAGCCCUAGGCUCUGUGGUUUAGACCACAGUGCCACCCGUGUCCAAAGUAAUUCUAAUUCAACAAAAAUUUGAAACUGAGUAUGUCACCAGUCCUCACUGAGGUGGAUUACUUACUAACUGGAUCAUGAUCUUUUUGUAUUGCAAAAUAAAACAAAUGCUUUGUCUAAUAAAU